AUGACUUCCGUCUCCCUCUCUGCUUUCUUCAACCACCUGGUGACCAAUUUUGAAUGCUCUUGUUUAAGAUCAAAGAGUUUUUGUUGUAAAACGUUGUUUUCGAUAGUGCCACUGAUGAGUUCGUCAUUUAGCCUCUCGGCAUUCUUGUUCUUCAAUCCUAUAACUUCUUUCAACUUUCGUAUCUCUUGCUCCUUACUUUUCAGUUCUUGUUGCAGUACUGUCAGGGUCUUCAGUAAAGCAUCGUCAUGGUGGAUAGUGUUACCACCAAUUGCGCCACUAUUGUCUUGGAAUAAUUCGCUCAAAUGGGCCUCUCUAUUGUUUCGAUCUAGAAGUCUAGCAAUAAAUAGUUCAUCCAUUAAAACCUGUUUGUGGUAUCCUUCUUCUGUUUCUUUGCGAGCUUCACUUUUGUUAUUGUUAACGCUGCGAAUCUGCGCCCCUAAUCAUAUACAUUCUAACGGAAUAACAGGUCAUUGUUCAAGCUCAAAAUCAUAUAAGAUUCAUAAAGAAAAAGAUAACCAAACACCGUUAUCAUUUGGCACAUCAAAAAUAAUUGCUGUUAUAAUGGAUGUCGAGCAACAGAGAAAACAACAACAACUGCAAUUAGGGCAAAUAGAGCAAAUAGAGCAAAUAGAGCAAAUAGAGCAAGGAGAAGAACAGGAACAGCAAGGACUACAAGAGUCGCAAGAGUCAAAAGAGGGACAGCAACAACAGCAACAGAAACAGCAACAACAACAACAACAACAACAGAGCCUAUGGAAAUCUUGGUGGCAUUCUAAUGCUGAAGAUCGCAUGGAUGUAGCGAUAAACACUGAGUAUCUAGCUGAGCCAGAAAGGAGUUCUUCCUCUUCAAGAAUUCAAGAUGUGAACAUAAACAAUGGCAACAACGGCCUAUGGUCCAAAAUUGCAUCCUUUGCAACGUCAAGAUACAGGAAUGCGCCAAUUAUUGUUGACGAUAAUACUCGGUAUUCACAAUUAAACAUAGAACAAAUUGAUUUCUUAGAAAGUGAAGCUAAGGAUAUGAUUUCUAAAAAAUCAAAAUCUUGGUGUUGGUUCGAAGCGAUUCCGCAUAAAACAACGUCAUCAAAUAUAAUUGAUUCCUCAGAUACCCCGGGAAUAAUAAGUGUGUAUGGUACGGGAUCUGCUAAGUGCCCAUUACCAUUAAACAAAUAUCCCGGUGAUGGAAAUAAUCCCGGGUACAACGUAUUCAUUAAUGAUUCUUUAAUCCUGCCAUCAGAGAGCCCUACAGAUUUUUUUCAUGUUCAACCAUUAAGAACUAAGAUACUAAAUACCAUCAAAAACUAUUACAACUUCCCAAACGAACAGCAUCUUUACUUGAGACAGAAUAAAACAGCAUUAUUAAAGGACAAAAAAGUCAUAAUAAUAUCUGUGGUAGGAGAUUUGCCAGAAAAGUAUGAGCAGCGCUCAUUGGAAUCACAGAGAUCCGCAUACUACCUUUCCAAAAAGCUAUCCCAAAAUUUGACACAUGAGCAACCUGAAAGAAUUUUAACUCUAUCAUUCCAAUGUCCAUUGCACAGCCAAGAGUUAAUACCUACUUACAAAGAAUGUGUGGAGCUACUGAAUCAUUGGGCCCAUCUUUUCAAAAGUGUUGACGCGGUUUUUUUUGUGGGCGCUUACCAUAGUGUUCCAUUGACUUUGUUAUUAGCCAAAUAUAUUGUUCAGAAUCAUGAAGUUUUAGAGUUCGAUGAAAACACUACUGUGGGUGUAUUGAGUUUUCAGUCCUGUCUACAAGGUUAUCGAUUUUGGGAUCAUAGCUCCGAUUUUGUUAACAAUAGUUACGGUAAUUUAAGCUCUAACACAAAUAUCAAUGAAAAUGAUAAUAACGAAAACGAAUUCAAUAAUGAUUUUACUACAAAGAGUCAGCAGAUUAAAGAAAAACAGUUAUUUCAAGGCAUUGAUAAAAGACAACAAGAAAUGCUCUCCAAAGUCAAGAAUUAUAGGAAAAUAGAUUCUAGUGAAUCCAAACUAGUUCAAGAUGCAUUGGACUGGCUUUUAUUUAAUUGGGAUUCGUUUCGGCUGACAUUCUUCGGUAAACUCUACGAUAAUUUUAUGACAAUCUCUGAAAAACUUGCUAUCGAUUAUAAUCAUCCCAAAAUCUUGAGGAACUUAUGGUGUAACGGGAAGUAUAUGGGUGUUGACUUAAAAGAUCCUAACAAUUUAAACUUCGAUAAUGGUGACGAUGACACUGAUAACAGCAAUAACGAUAUCCAUAUAAAAACUCCUAAUUUUGAAUCGAAAUUGAAGAUUCCCGCCAAUAGACUUUUCGAGCUAACUUUGUGGAAUAUUCUAAUGCUCACGGAAAAUUUAGGGUAUAAGCAAUUCAUACCUAUAAUCAAUUUACUAGGUCCGUUUUUCAUUUCUAGAUCGUUUAAUGAAUAUACCUUGCCGCCAAAUGUCAAGAAGCAAUACCAGAACAAUACCAAAGUUUGGCUUCAAGAAAUGGACAAUAAAUGGAAACUAAAUGGUCCUCAAUUCAACCACGAACAAAGAAAAAAUGAAAAUACCGGUUCCUCAUCAACGUCUUUACUACCAGAAGAUAUCUCUACUGUAAAUGACUUUUUGCAGUUUGUACAGUAUCAGAAUGAAAAGGCUCCAGAUUUUGUGAAAAUAUACUCUGAUAUUUACGACGACGAUUUGGUCUAUAAAUGCUUUUUGCACAAUACGAUUUUUACGAAAAACCCACUGAGUCCUAAGCAUUUGUGUUUAAAUAUAGAUCUCGAUACUCCUACGAGCAUAUUGAAUACUGUUAAUCAAUAUGAUUUGGUUUGGAAGAUUCAUGAUUCCUUUUCCAAAUUGAUUCAAUUGAAAAACUUACCACAACAAGAGGUGCCACAGGUAUUAAGGCUUUCCAUCUCAUUAAACUGUUUUUUGGACAGCAUUGCAACUAAAACCGGACCUGUUUUUCAAAGAGACAACAUGGAGGCCUUGAGAAGACUAACGGAGAUUUGGCGAACUUAUCAAGACUGGUCUCCACCUACAAGGGGUUUGAAGCAUCUAAGGGAGAUUCUGAGCGUUUUGGCCAUGUAUGAUAACCCCAAGAAUCUAAUCAAUGAUGUCCGGCGUACAUAA